AUGCCCGAAUAUGAAAGUCCUCCUAAAGAGACAGACGAACCUCAAGAGACGUCCAAACCUCAAGAACCGCCCAGUUCUGAUGACGAAGCUGAAGACGAUCCUGUAGACACUUUUAAUUUUUCCCUGACAGAAUUAUCUGUUUUGAUUCGAGUUUUAAAAACUGUUUCUAUGGAAGAUUUGAAAGAUUUGAACGAUUUAUCCAGUUUUAUGAAAAUUAAAACUGAAAAUGUUCUGAGGGGGAUUUAUGGAAGAUUUAAUAAUGAAUUUGGGGAAAAAUCUUUCAACAAUCUUGAAGGGAUUAUCAUCUACCAUUCGCAAAAUUAUGAAACCGAAGUUGAAAAGCCACAAGAAAACGUGUAUUUCAUUUUUCAAAAAUUAUCACAACUCCGUUUAGAAGCUACGAUAGAAAAAUAUGCAGAAUUUUUAAAUAAUAUGGGGAUUUUGCCCAUGCCUGAUGAUACAACUUUUGAUGAGUUAAAAAAUGAUAUUGACCGAUUGAAAUACUUUGCAUAUAAUGAUGAUCAAGGAAUUUACUAUAGGAUGCUACAUUUGAAUAGGUAG